UCAUGAGGUCACAUUAAUACUGGCUAGUCAAAUCAAUUGUAUCAAGAUAUUUGUAAAUUUAAAUUUGAACUUGAAAAGGUAGAAUAUGCCUUAUUUAGACUGGGAGCUACUUUCUAUGAAGAUGGGGAGAAAACUAGUAAACUGCUAGCCAGACAGUUGAAGCAAAAGAAUACAUGCAAUUUAAUAGCCGCUAUUAAGAAAGGAAAUUCAAUAGUUACCUCAACAAAGGAAAUAAAUGAUGUAUUGCAGCAGUUCUAUAAGGAAUUGUACACAGCUGAUAUUAAUCCUAAACAAGAAGAAUUGCUAAGUUUUUUCUCCAAUCUCAAAUUACCUAAACUGUCCUCAGAGGAGGUGAGUUUGCUAGAAGGUCCAAUAACAGAACUUGAAGUCAGAAAAGCUGUAUCUAUUAUGCGGAAUGGAAAAUCAGCAGGAUUGAAUAUUAUAAACAAUAUAUAGACUUACUUGCACCCAUCCUAACAGAAGUAUAUAAUGAAGCAUAUACAAGGGGAUCUCUUCCCCCUUCUUUUAACAAUGCUCUAAUAUCUGUGAUUCCUAAGAAAGAUAGAGAUUCCACCGAACCUUCAAAUUAUCAACCAAUUAGCCUGAUUAAUGUAGAUUGUAAGAUUUUAAGUAAAAUCCUGGCAUUACGGUUAGAGAAGGUGCUAUCUAAUAUUAUAAACCCUGAUCAAGUUGGAUUUAUGUUGAAUAGGUCAUCAACAGACCACAUGAGAAGGUUACUACACCUAAUUUGGCUGAACAGUGAGGAUCCUGAACUGUUGCCCUUUCACUCGAUGCAGAAAAGGCCUUCGAUCGAGUUCAUUGGGAAUUUUUAUUUACAACGUUGUCGAAUUUUGGGUUUGGGCCAUGUUUCAUAAAGUGGAUCCAAACAUUGUAUAAAACACCUAAGGCAUGCGUGAUUACCAACGGUAAAGUCUCCCCACUUUUUGAUCUUACCAGGGGGACACGACAGGGAUGUCCGCUGUCGCCAUUAUUGUUCAACAUCGCAUUGGAACCAUUGGUCAUUGCUAUUAGGGCUAAUAUAAACAUUCGAGGCAUAAAGGGAGGUGACAAAGAACACAAAUUGUUUUUGUAUGCUGAUGACAUUUUGGCCUUAGUAAAAGAUCCUGAUAAGUCUUUACCUCAUUUAAUGGAGACGGUUCAAUCCUAUUCUAAAAUGUCUGGAUAUAAGAUUAACUGGACAAAGUCUGAAGCUAUGCCUAUAUCCGGAAUAUGUAAUGCAAAUGUGCUAACUAAAUUUGGCUUCAAAUGGAUCCCAAGAGGGAUAAAAUAUUUGGGUAUCAAGAUAAGCAGGGAUUUAGAAGAGAUUCCUAUGGUAAAUUUUGCACCACUUUUACAAAACAGAAGAAAUAAUCUGGACAAAUGGGGGAAAAUCCAGUUAACUUUAUGGGGGAAAGUGAAUAUAAUCAAAAUGGUGGUCUCCCCCCAGCUUAACUACGUGCUUAUGAUGCUACCACUUACAACACCACAGUCGAUUUUUAAUCAAUAUGAUAUAAUGGUUAAACAUUUCCUAUGGAAUGGGAAAAGGCCCAGGAUAAAGCUUAACAAAUUAUGUGCUUCUCGGGAUAAGGGAGGGUUGGGACUACCAGACCCUCGGCUAUAUCAGGUAUCUUAUGAAAUGGCCAAAUUGGCCAAGCAUUGGAACAAUAAUACUCAAUUAGAUUGGGUUACUAUUGAGAAAACUCUGUCUUGGCCAUACAGCCCUAUUGAGCGUCUAUCUCAGUGUUCAGACAUAACCACUAAUCCUAUUAUGAGGCAUUCCAGAGAGGUAUGGGCGAAGAUUCACAAGAUGCAUAAAAUAUCACAAUGUAAACAACCAUACUCUUCCUUGUGGCAUAAUUCUGUUAUUUGUAUCGGGAAAUCACCUUUGUACUGGAAGAAGUGGCACAUGAAUGGCUUAUGCACUAUAGCAGAUUUAUUCGAACAGGGUGUGUUUAUGUCCUAUAAUAACCUGGUAUGGAAGUAUGAUCUGAAGGGAAAAGAACAUUUCUGGAAAUACCUACAAAUUAGAAACUGUGUUUCUACAAAAAUCCAGUACACGGACGGAAACCAUAUCUUGGACUUCCUAACACUGCCUCAUUCCCAACAAAAAGCCUCUGUAUUCUACAGGACAACCAACCAUGUGCUCAGCAAUGUCUGGACAAAUUUAAAGACAAUAUGGGAAAAGGACAUUGGGACUGUAAUUGGAGACGAAGAUUGGAAAAAUAUUUUGUCAAAUGCAGGUAAAUACGUAAGAGAAGCCAGAGGGCAAUUUACACAGUACAAAAUUAUACACAGGUUCUAUCUGACACCUCUUAGACUAAAUAGAAUGGGUCUGACAAAUAAUAAUGCUUGUUGGAAAUGUCAAAAAGACAAAGGUACUUUUAUCCACUGUAUCUGGGAGUGUCCAAUUAUUCAGCCUUUAUGGCAACAAACUCUAAAUUUUUUGAGUAAAUGGCUUGGAACAUCAAUACCAUUAUCACCAAAACUAUGUCUACUGGGAGACAGGGAGCAGAUACCAAAUAUUUCAAAUAGAGAGUUUGCAGUGAUUAUGGUGGGGGUCUCUGUGACGGCUAGAGUCAUUUUGAAACACUGGAAAACUCCCAAAACCCCAGAAUUAAAAGAAUGGGUCAAUAUAAUGACGUAUGAACGUUUGCUUUGCAAACUACAUAAUAAGAACAGAGCAUGUGUACCAGUGGGUAGCCCUAUCUGGGAAGACUUUUGGUCCUAUGUGACGCUAUCUACCCAUGUGACACAAUAACUUUGACUUCUUAUCAUUUUGCACUACUCAAAUGCCCCUUUCUUUUUUUUUUCUUUCUUUUUUUUUCCCCCCUCAUUUUGUAUCUGCUUAUUUUUGUUGAUUGCAACCACUGUUUAUACAUCUUGGCCAUAUGUGUACACACAUCUGUAAUCUGUGUUUUGUAUGAAUUUGUCAUGUACCGAAUGAAAAUAAUAAAAACUUGAAUUAUAAAAAAAAAAACUAACAAAUUUUCUGGAUGGCCAGAGAAAGAUCAAGGAGGAUCAUCUUUGAACAGAGAGAGAAGUUACCAUCUCCCCCUAUAUAGACACUUGUUGUCACAUGACUGAAGUUCCACACUUAGGUCACCUGAUGACAAAUGAGCCAGCUCCAUUCGAUCAAGAGGACCAUAUGACGUGGAUGAAAGCGUAGAAAAACAAGGGACUUCAACGCUCACAUGGGCAAUGAUGGAGAAACCUGGAGGGGUGUGAGUGGGAGGAACGGCCUGCCUGAUCUCAACCUUAGUGGAGCUUUGAUGUUGGACUUCUGUGCUAGUCAUGGAUUGGUUAUAACAAACACUGUGUACUUGGUACCAGAACACCUUAGGCCAAAGAUUGAUGAUCGACUUUGUGGUCGUUUCAUGUCAUCAUAUACGGAAGAAUUUCUUGUGCAUUCUGGGAGGGAGGGUUGGGGACAUGGAGCAAUGUUCAUAAACUCCAUUGCUGUGGUGGCUGCGAGGAGUUGUGGUCAGAAGGUCACCGAUGCCUGUCGUGGCGGCAACCUAAGAACCUGCUGGUGGACAAGGAGGCCAUCAAGCUGAAGAAGGAGGCCUUUUGGGCUUGGCUGGCCCAGGGGUCUUCUGAAGCAGCAGAUAGGUACCGUGAGGCCUGAAAGGCUGUGACUGCCGAAGCAAAAACCCGGGUGUGGAAGGAGUUCAGGGAGGCUAUGGAGAAGGACUUCUGGUUGGCCUCAAGGAAGUUCUGGCAAACCAUUAGAUGACUCUGGAGGGGAAAGCAGGGCUUGGCAGGAGAGGAAAACUUCUGACCCUGACUGUGGAUAUUGUCGAGCAGUGGAAAGAGCACUUUGAGGAACUCCCGAAACCGACCAACCUCCUCUGUGGAGGAGGCAGAUUUUGAAGACUCGGAGGAAGCCUCAUCCAUUUCCCUGGCAGAGGUCUCUGAGGUAGUCAAGAAACAUCUCAGUGGCCAAGUGCCAGGUGUGGAUGAGAUUAACCCUGAGAUGCUGAAGGCUCUGGACAUUGUUGGACUAUCUUGGCUGCCAGGCCACUUCAGUGUCACAUGGAGGUCAAGACAGUGCAUGUGGAGUGGCA